GUGCAAAUAGAAGAUCCAUCGAUAAACCCUUCCUCUACGCUUUCGCUAAGCAAAGCUAAACCCGAACAGGAACACCGAAGGCGAUGGCGAUGGCGAUGGUAUGGACUACAUCUUCUUCUUUCCAUCUCCUCCCUUCUUCUUCUUCUCUCUUUCCCCUCCAUAAACCCAACCUUCCACCUUCCUUCUUCUCCAACCCUUCAACUCCUCUCCAUCACAAACGCCUCUCCCUUACCACUCUCACACUUCCAUUUCAACCCUCCUCCUCCUCCUCCUUCCCAAACCACAUUUGCAGGGCCGCCGAAUACAAAUUCCCCGACCCAAUUCCCGAAUUCGCCGUCGCUGAAACCGAGAAGUUCAGAGCUCAUCUACUUCAAAAGCUCUCUAAGAAAGAUAUUUACGGGGAUUCAGUUCACGAGGUCGUCGGAAUAUGCACUGAGAUAUUCAAUACCUUUAUGCACACCGAGUACGGCGGCCCCGGGACUUUGUUGGUUUUACCUUUCAUAGACAUGUCUGAUACAAUCAAUGAACGGGGAUUACCUGGAGGCCCUCAAGCUGCCCGUGCUGCUGUCAAAUGGGCUCAAGAUCAUGUUGAUAAAGACUGGAACCACUGGACUGGUGAUGAUUCCACCUAACAGAAUUCAUUUUGUUGGUCUGAUUUACCAAUGCGAUUGUCCAGAUAUGAGUUGAAUUUGUUCUUGAAUGAACUAUCCGAGAUCUAGGGUUGAUUAGGGAUAGAAGGAUAGAACUUAGAUAAAAGCAAACAGAGACUCUUCAUUUUUCAGCUUGAUUGCUCAAAUAUUAGAUGUCUUUAUGAGCAAUCUAAAUUGUUUUAGCUGUACGGUAAGAUGAGAGCUGUUGAAUUAUGGAUGUUGUCCGUUUCUUGUUUAAAA